AAUAUCGCAGCGGAGACUCCUCACUAUUGAGACGACAGUCACGCUCAGCCGCGGUGUGACCGAAAAGACGCCUUUCCGUCUCCAAAAGGCCAGCUGUUGUAACCACUAACUAAGAACCCAGAAGACAACAGAGCUGUACUUCGUGCUGGGCUCGACUCCGCACCAUGGUUGUCCUAAAGUCACCAGAUAUAAAACCGUCCCAAAACGGCUGUUUGGGAAGACACAUCAACCAACAAAACAGUUCAAGUCUGCCCUUUUCCCAACUCUCUGGAAGUCUAAAACAUUUGAGCUCCAAUGGAAGUGUAUCACCAGUAGACACCAGCCUCCACUACGAGCCUCGGGAAUACACAGAGACAGACUCUUUGCUCCACAAUGAGCUUUACAGUGGGUCCAGAUUUAGUGAAUCUACAAGAGAAAAGGAUCCAGAAGACCCAGGGGCACCUGCAGAAUCGUUGCGCUCCAUGGUGCUGCAGAUUCUGGUUCCAUUUCUGCUGGCUGGGCUUGGGACAGUUUCUGCUGGGAUUCUGCUUGAUGUAGUUCAGAACUGGGACGUCUUCCAGGAAAUGGCCGAGAUCCUCAUUCUGGUCCCUGCCGUGUUAGGAAUGAAGGGAAACCUGGAGAUGACUCUGGCCUCAAGACUCUCCACUGCUGUGAAUGCAGGGAAAAUGGAAUCUGCCAGAGAAAAGUGGAUGCUGAUUGUUGGAAAUCUCGCACUUAAGCAGCUGCAAGCCACGGUGCUAGGUCUGUUAGCUUCUCUCAUAGCAUCUCUGUUGAGCUGGAUGACAGAAGGUCGGAUGCCCCUUAAUCACAUGGUUCUUCUCUGUUCAACCAGUGUUUCCACUGCCUUCUUGGCUUCACUGCUACAAGGUUUUGUUAUGGUGGGAGUGAUAAUGGCCUCCAAGAGGAUGGGGAUUAACCCCGACAACGUGGCCACUCCGAUGGCAGCCAGCUUUGGAGAUCUCAUCACUCUUGCCUUGUUGGCCUGCUGCAGUCAGUGGUUCUACUCCAUCAUAGAUCUUUAUCCCUACGUGUUGUACCUGAUCAGUCUAUUUUAUUUAUGCCUGAUACCUGUCUGGGUGACUGUGUCCUCCAAACAUCCAGCCAGUCACAUCCUGCUUCGAACAGGCUGGGAACCAAUCAUAACUGCAAUGGUCAUCAGCAGCAUUGGAGGACUUAUUUUGGACAAGACUGUGUCGGAUCCAAACUUGUCAGGAAUCAUAGUUUAUGCUCCAGUCAUAAAUGGUGUUGGAGGAAACCUCGUCUCCAUACAGUCUAGUCGCAUUUCAACUAAUUUACAUUUGAAUUAUUCACCUGGAGAGGUUCCUGAGGACCAUAAACACUGUUUCAAUCCCUGUCGUACAUUCUUCGGAUCAGGAGCAAACCAUCGAUCUGCUCAGGUUCUGCUCCUUCUGGUCCUUCCUGGCCAGCUGAUCUUCUUACACACUAUUCAUCUGAUGAAAGGAGGCCUCACUUUGCCCAGCCCUCUCUUCAUUGUAUUCUUUUUGUCUGCUUCCCUGAUUCAGGUCUUCCUCCUGCUGUGUAUAGCUGACUGUUUGGUCCACUGUCUGUGGAGGAGGGGCAAAGACCCUGACAGUUACUCAAUACCUUACCUCACAGCCCUUGGAGACCUCCUGGGGACUGCUCUCCUCUCUCUUGCCUUCCUCAUAUUAUGGUGCAUUGGUGACUCAGGCAGUGUGUAGAAAAAAGAAAAGGCCAGAGGAGGAACAUCACAUUGCUUAUCAUGGUAAAAAAAAUAAAUAUAAGGACAAAGAAAGAAAGUGUUGCUGAUCAUGGCAAUAAUUCAUAUGUGCACUUAGAAAUAAAUUAAAAUGUCAUCUAUGCAAGUAAACACAAAGAUGUCUGAAGCCAAGUUCCUAAAAUAUUUAUA